AUUUAUCUCUUUUUUUUUGUAUUCAGUAUCGUUCAGAAUGGAGACUCUACGUAGAAGAAAUCCUAUUUUGAGUGAAAAAAAUGAGUCGACAAAUACAGCAUUACUGAAUCACGUAGCGAAGGUUGACUUGUUCAGAAAACCAAAGGAAGAUUUCAAGAGAUCGCAGACUUAUCUGGGAGGAUGUAUUAGUGCUUUCACUUUUUCCGUGAUUAUCCUCUUCAUUUUAUGGGAGGCUUUCUCUUACAUUUCCGGUAGAAAUUCAUAUUUUACAACAUUAACUCUUGAUGACAAUGCAAAUCGUUCUAUGGAUGUAUAUAUAGACAUUUUGUUUCCAUCCCUACAGUGUUAUCGCAUCAGUAUUGAUACACUUGAUGUAUCGGGAUCAAUAAGAUUUAAUAUCGAAAGGAAUUUAUACAAAAUACCUGUUACAUCUAACGGAAUCUUAACAUACAGAGGUGAUUUGCCAUUUAGAACUGAGGAAAGUAAUCUGAAUUAUGAUCCCUCAAAUCACCCCGAGUUAGCUAAUUAUUGUCUGCCAUGCUUUCUGCCUGAAGAUCGUUCUAAAAUCGAGAAGAUGUCAAAGAACGAUGCUAGCUUUAAUCCUAGCAUGUGCUGCAAUACAUGUGAAGAUGUUCAGAGGAUGUAUGCAAAUACAGGACUUGAUCUUCCUUCCCUCAGAGUAAUACCUCAAUGCAUCUCUGAAUUAUCUACAAACGAACCUGGCUGCAAUAUUGUUGGAUCUAUAAAUAUGAAAAAAAUUCCAGGAUUUCUUGUCUUUCUACCUACACAUGCUGGAUAUAGAUUUAACGUUAGUAACCUUUUAGCCUUUAACACUAGUCAUGUUAUUAAAAAAAUUGUCAUUGGGGACAGAAAUGUUCGACGGUUUUCUCGCACUGGAGUUUCGUACCCACUGAACGGUGAACGUUACACUACUCCAACUUUUUCUGAGGUCAAAUAUUUUCUUAAGGUCGUCCCGACAACAUAUAAUACUAAGGAAAAACAGAAUAGUAGCCAAAGGACUUAUGAGUACAGUGCACAAAUGAAUGAUAGAAAAUUUUCAAUUGUCUCUAGUGUAAUACCUGCAGUUAUUUUUGGGUUUGAUAUCUCACCAUUUCAGAUAAACAACUACUUUUUGCGUCCUCCCUUGUUACGAUUCUUGAUAAAGCUUUGCGGCAUAGUUGGCGGUGUAUUUGUAGUUUUGAGUAUUGUUGAUAGUGUAAUUGAUUAUUUUGCACGACUGGUUUUUAAGAAUUCUUGA